ACCUAGAAUUCAAAUAUUCAUAGUUCAAAGAUAAUGCAUUUCCAUUUAUAUUACACCUAGGAUAUGAGAAUGUUGAAAUAUAUUAUCGAUAACAUCACAUUCAAAUUAUUUUUCUUCAGCUUCAUGCAAUAGUGUAACCAACCAGUAUUCCAUUGUGAUUCAAGAAUAAGCUAUAAAAUAAAAGAUUGCUAAAAUAACGUAAAUCAAUAUUUAGUUUAGUGGUAAAGUUGUUGAUUUGUGAUUUUGAGAUCCAUGGUUCAGUUCUCAUGAGUUUACAAUGCCAAAUAAUAAUGACUAUCUCAUUAUCUAUCUUUAACAACUUUACACCUACUAUAUUGGUGUUUCCACAUUUAUCUUUCUAAAAAAACCAAAACCACAUUAGAUUGAGUAUCAUUUUAUUUUGGGUACCCAAAAUAAUGAGUCUAAUUUAGAAUUAAAAAAUGUUGUGUAUGAGUGAUUUGGGUCAAAUUGCACAUGUUUUCUCUCAAUAUUCUUGAGAUGUUUGAGGCAUUUUCACUUCACGAGGUUCAAUAUUACGCUAGGGUAUGCUUGUUUUUAGUAUGUUUCAGAUCUUAGCAGGUGGAAUUGGUUUAGGGAACGAAAGUUGAACGAAAAGGGGCGAAAACGGAUCAAAGGGAGCAAACAAUCAAGGAUAACGGUGGAAGCCAGAUGUUCACGGUUAGGCCAACCGUGAUAAAGAGGUCGGGACCGUGAAGUGCAAGGAGGCUAGGGAAGUUUUUGUGCUUCGCGGGCUUAAGAGAAAUCACAGUUGAUCGACCGUGAACCCCUUUAAUGAAACAAUUCGUUUUUGUUCGAGAUCACGGUCCAAGCUUCAAGUUCACGGCCGUGAACUAGGAUCGUGAAACACGCUCGAUCUGGGUAUAAAAGGAGAAGUGAGCUGAAAUAGAAGGGGAGGAGCCUAGUGAGAGAAUUGCAUCUUCUUCCUCGGAUUUCUAGAGAGAGUGACGAACAAGUGAGGAUAAGAAAGCUAGGGUUUCGUCAAGCUUCAAGAUUUGGGAAUCUCAUCUACCAAGGUUGAUCUCUACACCAAAGGAAGAAGUCAAACAUCUCAAGAUGGUCUUUUCUCUUCUCCUUUGUGUAUUCCCUAGUUUUAGCAUGGAGUAGUCCCCUUCUUUCACUUGGGUGUUAUAAAUCCUAGCUAGAACUAUGUGAUAGGUUGUAUGAAUUGAAUGUUUUGUGUGUGGUUUGUGCUUUAAUACAGGUAUUGAAGUAUUUUUAGGGGUGGUAAACGGUCGGUAACAGGUUAAAUCGGUUGCCGACUGACCGGUUUUUGGUAUACUGGGAAAGAUGACAACCCUAUCGUUUGCCGAUACCUGAAAUGCUUCGGUACACCGAUUACCGAAUUGUUGCGGUUGCGGUUAUGCUCCGGACAAUCGUUUACCGAAUGUGAUGAAUUAUGGUGGGGACUGAAUCAGUUCAACUGACAAAGAAUGGCGGUGACUGGCCCACUGCCCACGUUGCUACUUUGCUUUCCCAUCAUCAUGUCAUGCACAACACUACACGCGGAGCUCUAAUCUUCUUCACAAAUCACACGUCCUCUAGACUUCUAUUAUGGACUCAUCCCCUUAAAAAACAAAACAUAAACAAUUAAAAAUAAAAAUAAAAGCCAUCCAACAAUAGCUGAUGUUAGAAGUCAAAACCGUAGCAACCAAACAUCCUCUUUCAUCUACCGCCGUAUCCACCCAGUACCCUCCUCCCCAAAACCCUUCCGCUCCAUCCUCGACCUAGAGCCACCACGUCUUCCGCAGCGGCAACGACAAUGACAACAAUGAUUUGGACUCCAUGGAUUUGGCCUUCAAGGUUGCAUGCAACCAGAUCAGACUUCUGCCUUUACAAUUCAUCUUUGAGGUUUCAAAAUCGCCUUUGUGCGAACUCGCCUUUUGUGGCUUUAUCCUCUAUUGAGAUUCAAUACAACACGGGGUUUGAAGAAGCGGCGGCAGCCUCUCCCACGACCAUCGUCACCCCGACCCGCACGCAAACCCGUCCUCUCGUUGAGAAACUGUUCGGUGAGAACCUCCACCUGCGUUUCCAUCUCUGCGCAUCCAGAUCUGCCCAUUGGCAGCUCUCUCCAUCAGCUAUUUUUCGCAUGGAUUUCAGUCGGCCUUGUGUUGCCCAGCGCCUGAGCUUCUUAGCUUCUUUGUUCACCGUCUGGGCUACCUUUGGCGCAAGUAUCACAUACAUAGCACAGCCAGCGCACCUCUCCUUUUCACCUGCUUUAGGACUCCCCGAUGGUCGCCGCCGGCCCCAAACCCAAACCACAGCUUCGCUUUGCGCCAGCGAGGGCACCAUGUGUACAUUCCUGCAAGCUGCCCUGGCACGUGUAAGGUGUUUGCCUUCAUUCUUAUCCGAAGCAGGUAAGCGGUAAGUUUGUGAAUGUCUCUAUCUUGUCGUUGCUUUCGUAGGCCACAACUUAUGGGUUAAUGUUUUGUUUGGUUGCGCUGGCUUGUUUUAUUCUUCGUUCUAAAUUAAAUGAACUCAUAAUUUAGGCUUGCUCGUUAGUUGGGCUACUAGCUCCAUUUUAAUAGGUGAAUUUUUGGUUUGCUGAUUAUAUUUCCUCCCAUGUCAUAGAGUCUGAGUUCUUUUAUAACUGCUUUAUGUGUUCUAGAUGGGCUAUUAGCUAGAUUUAUUUAUAGGAUUUGUUGCCCCAAUUAUUUAUUUUGCAAUUUCGUUGGUCCUAUUGGUUCUAGGCUUCACUACUUUGGAGCUUUUGAAGUGUGGUUGCUUCGGUUAGUGUUGUGUUAGCUACUGUCUAUUUGGUUGAGCCUCGUUCGUGGCUAGGUGUGAUUUGUUUUGCAGGUAGAAGUUGCUCCUACUUCUUUUGGCACACGGUGGCAUUCUCUUCAAUGGCAGCGGGAUGGAGUCGAGACUUCUGGAAAGAAGCUAGUCGUUCUUAUUUUGCAGGUGAUUAUCUUCAUGUGGGCUAGGGCCGACUUUCCCUAUUGGAGAACAUUUGUUUGUUAAUUUUGCAGGUGAUUCUUCCUGCGAGAACCAGCAACUCAUUGCUUCUCUGCUUCGAUUUCUAGCAUGGUUAGUCCCAUGAUUUACAAUUUUAUAGGGUAGAAGUCAUGAAUAUUGGCCAUGCCGUAUAGGUAUAAAGAGCUGCCCGUUGCGUGGCGAAAAAGGCUCUCUUAUCAAUGGUUCGACUAUUUGUCGACCGUCGUCCCUUUCUCUUAUAUGUUUUCUUACGGUUGCCUGAAAAGACUUCCAAGUCGUACCUAGUUGUUCCCUUUCGGGAAUAUCUUUGACAAAAAAAAAAACAACAAUAGCUGAUGUCUAUUGUGGCGGGGGAAGGCGGGAAGCUGGCCGCCUGGAGUGGCAUCAAUCAUCAUCAUACAACAACUGAACAAGGCAACAAGACAAAAAUGAAGGCUGAAACUGACGAUCUUAUGGCGGCUAUUGGGUCAGAGAAGCAGGCAGGAAGUUGCAUCGCCGAUUAGGUCGAGCGCACUAGGGUCGAGCGCCGGACGGAGAGGAUGCGUCGCUGUGGUCGACAGAGACUCGGAAAGGUUGCGCUGCCGAACUGGUACAUCGUUAUCGUCGGUCUGUGCGCGCCAGCGUUAGAGAGGGAUUGCCGAUUGGGGUUCCAAUUGGACGACCGGCGGCGAGACUCAUGACUCGUGAGGGCUGGGUUAGCUUAAGUAGGCAGAGAGCGAGAGGGGUGAGAACAGGAUGUUAAUUUAGUUAUUAAUUAGUCUAUAAUUCAUUUUUCUAAUAGACUAGAGAUAGAGAACCAACAUUUAGGAGAAUUAUACUAACACGCCGCCAUUCAAAUUCGGUAUCGGACAACCGGGUUUCCGUCGAUUACCAAGCAAUCGGGUUAUGAUAUUACCGCCAUCCCAGUCUUCGCAUUCGACAAUCAUUACCAUCCGGUUAACGGUUUAACCGGUAUUGUUAUCCGUAAAACCGAAUCCUAGCCCUAGGUAUUUUGAUGAAGGUUGAGUUGUGUUUUCCAUUUCUCACUAUUAUGCAAAUUUCACCUAGGUAGAGGGAGAUCCCCUUCUUGCUAAGAUGCUUUUAAAAAAGAUAGAAUUCCUUG